CUCUCCCCCCAACGGCUAGUAUACUUUGCGUCAAACCCCAUUUUCAAGAGAACCAAUAAACCUUCCCAAACACCACGUUUUUUCAUUCAAGACCCAAAAUAAUACUCUCUUUAAUCAAAACCCCACAAAUCUCUCUCUCUCUCUCUUCAUUCAGAGAGCCAAGAAAUCAUCUUUACCAUUAAUCAAAACCUCAAGAAAAUCUUUCACAAUCUGAUCACAUAAAUUCAAACUCAUUAAUGGAUUCUACACCGCCUUCUCAUCGAUCCGAGCCCCGGUCCAGAUUAAAAUCAGCCUCCCGUCUUGCUCGUAUUUGUGAUUUCAACGUCGAGAGAGAAGAAUCUCCUCAUCUCUCUCUCGACCUCAUCCUAUCACCAACAACCAAGAAGACCCCAUCACCAUCCACAGGCACUGAGUCUCUGAGAAACUCCAACUCUCUUCCUAUUCACGAACUCUUGCUUCUUUCGCCUUCUCCGCGCCGAAAAUCCAAGACCCGUCUCACAGAUCGGCUUGAAAUGGCCGAGGAGCCCGUGGAGCCUAAUGGGUCUCGCCGGAGGUGCAAAAGCAGGGCGGCCCAGAUGGGUCUACUGGGCUGUGCCUCGCCAAGGAAUUCUCGGAGGUCAAGAAGGCGGUCGGAGAUUGAGAUUCGGGAAGAGAAAGAACCAAGCUUGGCGGAGGAGAUUGGAAAGCCAAGGAAGAGACGGCACAGCGGGCGGUCCAAGAAGGAGAAGCUGAGUUUGGUCCCUCUAAUGCCUUCCCCAAGUUCAUCUCCAAAAGCAGAAGAUGAGGAUGGAAACAAUCUUGAUCGAAUUGGGCAGAUGAUAACUGAUUUGAUUAUGUGGAGAGAUACUGCAAAGUCAACCCUUUGGUUUGGCUUAGGGACUAUUUGCUUCUUGUCGUCUUGUUUUGCUAGAGAAAUUAGCUUUAGCAUUUUCUCAGCAAUAUCCCAACUAGGACUUCUGUUUUUGGGCGCAUCAUUCUUCUCGAAUUCGAUCUCUCAGAGAAAUAAUAAUAUCGAAAAGAAGCGUGACUUUAAGCUUAAAGAAGAUGACAUUUUACGUCUUGGCAAGUUGAUACUUCCAGCCACAAAUCUUGCAAUUUCAAAGACAAGAGAGCUUUUCUCAGGAGAGCCAUCCAUGACCCUCAGAGUUGCUCCAUUCCUACUCUUAGGAGCUGAAUAUGGUCACCUUAUAACAAUAUGGCGGCUCUGCGCAAUUGGAUUUUUUAUGAGCUUCACUAUCCCAAAACUGUACUCAUGCUACUCCAUUCAGAUAAACCAAAAAGUUGAGUGUUUAAAAUGGUGGGUGUUGGAGGCAUGGGGUGCUUGUUCUCACAAGAAGAUAGUGGCUGCGUCAGCUGUCACUGCCUUUUGGAAUCUAUCUACUAUAAAAACCCGUAUUUUUACAGCGUUUAUAUCUCUGGUUAUACUCCGAUAUUGCCGGCAGCAUCUAGUGACAAAAUUGGAAGAAGGAGAAGCAGAAGAAGGGGAACAAGAGCAGCAGCAACAACAGCAGGCAUUGGUGGUGGUAGAAGCAGGUUGCCAAAAGUAGUACUUGGAGUCAUAUGAGGCGUCCAACCAAAAAGUAAAAACAAAAACAAAAACAGAAAGCACCAAUAUUUCUGUUCAUUUACUGCAUGGACAGAUGAGGCAUUUUGUAAAAUGUGACUCAUCCUUGUUCAAAAUGUAUAAAUAAAAAGAAUUUCUUCUUCUCCAAUCUUUCAUUCUGUCUGCUGAUGAUGUCCGAGAAGAGUAAGAUUAAAUUUCACUUGAAGGUACUUCUAAUUCAUUCAUUAAAAAAAAGUACAUGUAAUUGUUCUCCCAUCA